GCAGAUUUUUUUUUUCUCAGUGACACAGACACCAGUGAUUCACUAAACCCCCUCGAUGUUCUCUGUGCUGUUCUGCUUUCCUCAGACAGUUUUCUGCAGCAGGAGAUCCUGACCAAAAUGUCCAUGUGCCAGUUUGCCCUCCCUCUGCUGCUCCCUGCCCUCAACACCCCCAAAUGCACCCUAAUGCUGUGGGCCGUGAGGGACAUUGUGAGGAAGUGGAGGCCGCACUCCCUGGCAGAGAGCAGGGGAUUCAGGGAGGAGAGCCUGGUGCUCACAGCAAUGCCAACCAUUUCCUUUGUGCGGAUGGGGAGCUGCAGCUUCUCCAAAUCCAAACUCCUCAAUGAGGUUCUCAGCCCCUCCCAGCAGCACCACGAUUUCUUCAUCCAUCGGGACAUGGAGUCUGGGAAUGUCCCUCGGGAAAUCACAGAUGGGCUGGUUGAGAUUUCCUGGUAUUUCCCUGCUGGGAUGGGAAAUUCAGAUCUUUUCCCAGAGCCCGUUGCGGUUACAAACCUGCGUGGAGACAUUGAGUCCCACUGGCUACAGUUCAGCUUUUUAACAGAGAUCUCCUCAGCAGUGUUCAUAUUAACAGAGAGCAUCAGUGAGAGAGAAUACGUACUGUUAUCAUCUCUGCAGGGAUCAGCCACUACAUAUUACUUUAUCUUUAAUAAUCCGGCUGCGACAUCCAAGGAAACACUGGCAUUCCUGAACAAGUUGGCCCCAGGGCUGAAACUGAACAACUCACAUGUGCUGCAGAAAGGACGUGCCACAAAUCAGGCGGCAUAUGUAAAAGCUCUACAGUCUGCAAUAGCAACUAUAAUGAAGUCUUCUCCCAAGAGAGUGAGUAUAGAAGCCAUGGCUGAGACCGCACGUCAGUUAGGCAUCCAGGUAGAUGAGGAUAAUAAGAAAUGUCAGAGUGCCCAUAAAUAUGCCAAGGAAAUCACUGUACACAUAAAAGAUGUGGCAAAGUACAAGAGGGAAAAUCUGAGACUCCAGGGGGAGACCUGGAAAAACUUGGCUGAAGUGGAAAAGGAGCUGUGCCAAAUGAGAAAUCAAGGAAACACCCCUCUUGAGAAAUACAAGUCUCAACUGAAAGAGAAAUUAUUAGAGUUACGUGUCCAGCAGAAUAAACAUGACCUG